UAGAAAAUUAUACAGUGCAAUACGAAUGUACAGCUGUAAUAUACAGUCGAACUUCCAUGUCAUUUCCACUGUAGAUUGCAUGCAUUUCACAGUGUUUUAGGAAGAACAUCUUUAUUGUAUUUUGAACUUUUGUAAUAUUCUCCUCAUUUCGAAAAUGUUGUCAUCCAUGCUUAAGGAGCAUCAGGCAAAGCAGGUUUCUAGGCGAGAAGUUCAAGAGAAGAGGAAGAAGGAAGCUGCUGUUGCUGCUACUGCUGUCACAAGGUCUUUGGUGGAGAAUCUAAACAGCAGAGUAGCUAUUGCAUACAACAAUGAGAAGAGACUUGAUUCAGAGACGAAGCAACUUCAGGCCAACUCUGGCCAGUUUGCUAAACAGAGUAUGCAGUGGUUGUCUCUAGUAGAGAACUUCAACCAAGCUUUAAAGGAACUUGGAGAUGUUGAAAACUGGGCUCGGAGCAUAGAGACAGAUAUGCAGACGAUAGCAAGUGCUUUAGAAUAUGCAUACAAAGAUACAAGCUAACAUCCUCCAAAGAUUCUCCAAUGAUGAUGAUGAUCUUGAUCUUGGAUUUUCCAGUCACACCAAAGAAGAAGUGGACUAUUUCUAUUGAGCAAAAUGGACAAACCUGACUUUGUAAUUUUGUUGUGAUGAGGAU